AUGGACCUCUACCGUUGUCAUCGCAUGAUGUUUACGGCCCUGGGCGCUCGCCAGGCCAACCAGCGCCCAUUUCUGCUCCAGUGGAGAGCUUCGAAGGGCUUUAUAAUAUUCGUGGUGGUUUUUGCUGUCUUCACUGACAUUCUGCUUUAUGGAAUUAUCGUCCCUGUGACUCCGACUGCGCUGCACGAAAGAGCUGGAAUUAGUGAAGGAGAUGAACAAUCUUGGACAUCAGUCCUCCUAGGCCUCUACGGCGGCGCUCUUCUCACUUGUUCACUUCUCGCUGGCUACCUCGCUGACAGAAUCGAAUCCCGUCGCUGGCCUCUGAUUCACGGUCUCGUGGCCCUCGGCGCAUCGACAGCUCUCCUCUGCGUUGGAACCCACAUUGGGCUCUGGAUUGCUGGGCGUCUCUGCCAGGGUGCGUCGGCCGCUAUCGUGUGGACAGUCGGCUGUGCGCUAAUUGUCGACACGGUCGACAAGGAUGCCCUGGGCCAAGCUCUCGGGUAUAUUGGCAUGGGAAUGACCUUUGGCCUUAUGGGCGGUCCGCUUGUCGGUGGUGCAUUGUAUGAGCAUGGUGGCUACUACUCGGUCUUUGCGUUGGCAUUUGCGCUCAUCGCGUUGGAUAUUGUCUUUCGUAUUGUCAUGGUUGAGAGAAAGGAUGCGGUGCAGUGGCUUCAGGGCGAAGAGCAGAUACAGCCACAGGUGCCGGUCGUCGCUGUUCCUCAGCAAUCGGAGAGCGACACAGACAUCGAGGGCCAGAAAGGCAAACAAAGCCUGCAAGCACCAUCGCCCCAAGACACGCCCAUCCCAACUCCAACCGCUGAGCAACCAGCAAGAAAACAAAAAUGCGCUGUCCUCACACUCCUCGCCUCCAGUCGCAUGCUCGUCGCACUCUGGGCCUACUUUAUUCUCUCCGUGCUCCUUACCUCCUUCGACAGCGUGCUCCCCCUCUUCGUUGAAGAGACUUUCCACUGGGCCCAGACCGCACAGGGUCUCAUCUUCAUUCCACUAACUUUCCCGCAUAUUAUUGGUCCCGCGGUUGGGUACAUCAAUGACCGCUUCCCAGCAUCCAGACGCUACGUCGCGGGCGGCGCGUUCUUCGGCACGGUCCCUGCUCUCGUUUGUCUACGCUUUGUGUCGGAGAACAGCAUGCAUGAUAUCGUUAUUCUCUGUGCACUCCUUGCCCUGAUCGGGACCUGCAUAGCAGCAAUGUUCGCUAUUAUCCUUGCCGAAAUUUGCUACGUCGUCCAGGAAAAGGAAGAAGCCAAUCCCAGGGCCUGGGGCAAAGGCGGUGCAAUAGCGCUGGCUUACGGCAUGAGUAAUGCGGCGUUCGCGGGUGGCAGUCUGGCUGGACCCUUUCUGGCGGGAUUUGUCCGGGAGCAUCAGGGCUGGGGCACUAUGGCGUGGGUUCUUGCGCUCAUUGUCGGUCUUACCGGCUUUCCAGUUUUGGGGUUCAUGGGGGGGUGGAUACUAGAGGAGAAGAAUGGAGAUUCAGAAUAG